UUGCAGCUACGCGAAGUAAGCGACGCGAUAUAUGGCACAAUACCACUGUACUACCCAUUGAACUUGAUUAUAGAUACCAGUGAGUUUCAGCGACUACGGCGGCUCAAGCAGACUGGUGUUUUGGCAUUUGUUUUCCCCGGUGCUGAACAUUCACGGUUUACCCAUUGUCUAGGAGUGUACCAUCUCGCCAGCACUUUUGUGAAAUCGCUGGCUGAUAGACUGAAUUUGAAUAUUAGUUCAAGGGACCAACUUUGUGUAGCAAUUGCAGGGCUGUGCCACGACAUCGGUAGCUGGUUCCUUUAUUUUCCUGUUUUAUAUCAUGAGGAGGCGACAGUGCAAUUAUUUAGAAGGAUAUGCUCGAACAGCAAGCUGAAGAAAGAACUCGAUGAUUUUUUAGAGCCUGAAGACUAUAUUUUCAUUGAAGAGUUAAUAUCUCCUCCAAAAAAGAAAUUUAACGAGAAUGGUCAUUGGAUUUGCAAAGGCCGUCCUGCAGAAAAGUCAUAUUUGUACGAUAUCAUAUGCAAUAAUAACGACUCUUUUGAUGUUGAUAAGUAUGAUUACAUAUUACGAGAUGCAACCUUUACAGGUAUGGGUCUCGCCAUGAACCUGAAUACCGUUCGAAGGAUAAUUAAUGGGGCGAUGCCGUUGGAAGCAGCUGAUAAGUUUGGGAACAAAUGUUUAAGACUUUGUUAUGCGUAUAAAGUUUUCAACGAACUACAGAGUGUUGCCGAAAGUAGAUACCAUCUGCACAGCUCAGUUUACAACCAAAAAGCAGUAUGCGCCUGCGAGUAUCUAACUGUCCAAGCGUUCAAGGCAGCUGCCCGUUUCAUAAAAUUUAUUGGUGACGAUGGAAAAGAGUAUGAUUUAGGACAUGUUACAGAAAAUUUAGGAGCAUUCCUCCAGUGUGACGAUGGAGUUUUUGAUGAGAUAUUAAGAUCCAGAUCUGAAGAGCUACGUGUUGCUAGAAAUUACGUUGACUGUUUGAUUCACAGGCGUUUACCAAAGUAUGUAGCUGCAGUGGAAAUAAGAGAUGGUGAAAUUGCAGAGAAGUGGACAGAUGAGAGUAGAUGGUUGCAUUGCGGUAUGGGUAUCAGCAAGAGCCCACUGAGUGAAGUUUACAUGUACGAUCAGAAGAGCUUUGUCCCGAAACCUUAUCGCGCUAGAGAUCAAUGGCUGAAAGACAACCCGCGUUAUCUGGCUGGGAACUUCACUGUUACUGCUUUUGUUUCGUUCGAGGCGUACGAAAAUCAGAGAGAGAUUAUUGAGGCAGUAUAUAAAGCUUUUUCAAGUGUGUUUGGAAACGGCGAUUAUAUUGCUCCGGUAAUGCACUGA